AGCAAGUUAUGAAGUCGCUAAACUCAUUGCCCAGCAUGGCAAACCGUUCUCAGAUGGUGAUUUUAUAAAACAGUGCCUUAUUAAAGUGACAAAAGUAAUGUGCCCAGAAAAAGUGCAGGAUUUCAACAACGUCAGCUUAUCCAGAAAUACAGUGGUGCGGAGAAUCGAGGACUUAUCAGCUAACGUGAAACUUCAGCUUAGAGACAAAGCUUGCGCUUUUUACUCCAUAGCGUGCGAUGAGAGCACAGACGCCACAGACACUGCACAGCUGUUAAUUUUUUUGCGCGGAGUCGAUGACAAUUUUUGCUGUACGGAGGAGCUGCUCGAUAUGAUGAGCCUAAAAGGCACAACGACGGGUGGAAAUCUUUUUGACGCUGUGUCAGAGGCAGUUGAAAAGAUGGGGCUUAAAUGGGACAAACUCUGUGGAGUGACAACGGAUGGAGCUCCGGCCAUGACGGGUGAGCGCAAAGGAAUGGCAUCCAUGGUGUGCGCCAAGGUAAAAGAGAGCGGAGGUGAGGCUGUGAGGAUGCACUGUAUUAUCCACCAAGAAGCACUGUGUGCCAAGACUGUCCAGCUGGGCGAUGUGAUGAACACUGUUGUGAAAACCGUCAACAUAAUUCGAGCUAGAGGACUGUACCACAGGGAAUUUCAAGCUUUCUUGUCUGACGUGGAUGCUGAAUACGGGGAUGUACUCUACCACUGUGAUGUGCGCUGGCUCAGCCGCGGCUCUUUGCUGCAGCGGUAUUAUUCUGAGAUCAGAAAAUGGACAAGUUUUUGAGAGAGAAGGGCCGACCUCUUCAUGAACUGAGUGACCCUCUGUGGCUGGCAGACUUGGCAUUUUUAGUUGAUCUCCCUCAUCAUCUAAUAAUAAUAAUAAACUUAACAAGAGCCUACAAGGCAAAGAACAGCUGGUGUCACAUCUGUAUGCGCACAUGAAAGCCUUCUGUGUAAAGCUCCGCCUAUUUGAGACACAUCUACGAAGCUUUAAUGCUGCACACUUCCCUGCGCUGGCUGAAAUCAAGUCUGCUUUUCCAAAGGCAGACCUUUCUGCUAAAAAGGAGAAAUAUGUCUCUGUGAUUACAUCUCUCGUGACAGAAUUCAACCAGCGUUUUCAAGAUUUUUCUGUCAUUGAA